GCUCCGCUUCCUGCCUGUACGGGGGAGAACCGCUGCUGCUCCCUCCGUGCGCCGGUCUACACUCUGCGUGCUGGUGUAAUGGUGGCAACAUGGCGCACAACGAAACACAUCCGUUCUGGGAACUGCUCAACUCCUUCAACCUGGGUAACUUGAUUCUGGCCUUCUGUCUGUCCAUGCUGGUGGGCCUGCUCCUGGGAGCUCUGGUCUACGUGCUGCUGACGUGGGCGUCUCGGCGCCGGGCCUCGGCCCGGAUCACCAGGCGCUGUAAGAAGCGGUCCGGGGCCUCGCAGACACAACACGCCGCCAACAACCCGCUGGGUCUGUACCGAAGCACCUUCCUCAGUGUCUGCCGUCAGCCCUCGGUGGAGCCGGUGGGCCCACUGGGGAGCAAGCCCGCCGCUGGGGCCUCCACCUUCCGCCCGCUGCCCAGACUAGGGGGAGGGGGCGGGGACACGGAGGUGGACAUGCCCGACGACACGGCAGCUCCCAACUCAUCCGAUUCCACAUCUUUGGUGCCAAACAAGAGGAACUCCUUCUGGUUGGGCGGGAACGGCCUCAAAGGCUUCCUGCCGUCCCAGACGCCGCCUCCCGCGUACGACAGCGUCAUCGACGCUUUCCAAGAGACUCGAACCUGAUGCUGCUUACCUGGAUUUAAGAAGACCACGGGGGGGGGGCCUGGGGGGUAGAGAACGCGAUUUUUAACAUCAAACAUUUGAACAGCUGAAUGUGUUCCAGGCAGUGGCGGCUGGUCCUACAAAUGUUUGGGGGGGGGGCAACUUAGCUUGGGGCAGCACCCCUGACUGCUGCUUUAACGUCCCCCCAGUCACACAGGUAUUCAGAAGGACCAUGUGGCCUAUACAUGUUAUCAGGGUUGGUAGACGGUGGAUGAUUGACAGUCGAGACGAGGCGUGGCGGUGGGUGUGAACAUGAUUGACAGCCACGAGAAUUGUCCAAUCACAUGAGAUCAAAAAACACGAAAACAAUACCAAUUCACUGCCAAUAAAAGUGGGCGUGUCUGGGGCAGCACAGAACAGCGCCCCCUGGAAAACCUGAACAAACCAAUCAGACAGCAGCCUCAGGUCACCUGCUCGCCACAAGUCUGAGGGCUUACAUAAGGUAUGGUUUGGCCGGCGCCCCUCACCCAGGAAGUAUAUGUAUUCAGACAGGAAGUAUAUGUAUUCGGACAGGAAGUAUAUGUAUUCAGACAGGAAGUAUAUGUAUUCAGACACAAAUCAACCGAACCCCAUUUGAAGCAGUAUUUGAUGCUUCUGACAGGCGCUCACAGACUGACAACACUUGUAUUUCAUCAUUAGUAAAUCACUACACAACUACAUUAUAUUUAACAUGUAGCUUUUCAUCUCUUGAUAUUUGAAGGAGGCAGCGCUCCCGCGCCCUCUACUGGUCAGCCGCCACUGGUUCCAGGACUGGUUUGUUGUGUUUUAUUAAAAUAAAUAAAUAAAGACUGACGGUUUUGUCCAUCUCAGAGAGCGACUUGGCCCUCUUUGGGGUGCCGAGCCGCCGGUUGGGAAACAGCGCCGCUCACAGGAGGAUUGUGUUGGUGGUGCGAGAACCACACAGACACUGGGUGACUCACUUACACCAUGUUGAAUAACAAUAAAGACAAAAUGUGAUAUUU